AUGAGCUUUAGUUGUUUCAUUCGGAGUUUGCACAGGUUAACAAUGGCAGCUCCACGAAAAGUCGCAAUUAUCGGUUCAGGAAAUUGGUAAGUCAAGUCGCUGGUGUUUCGAACCUGCCAUUUCGUUUAGAAGGAACAGAUGAAGUUUGCCUUUUGAUCUGUAUUUAUGAAAGCCCUUCUAGAACGACGAACAGUGAUGAAAAUACAUUGCUUUUGCUUUUGUUUUUGCAGGGGCUCUGUUAUUGCUCGCAUCAUUGGAGGAAAUGUGAAACAACAUCCGCAGUCCUUUGAGGAGGAAGUGCAGAUGUACGUUUAUGAAGAGUUAGUGGAAGGGAGGAAACUAACAGAUAUAAUCAACACUGAACAUGAAAAUGUGAAAUAUCUCAAAGGUCACAAGAUCCCAGAGAAUAUCGUAAGUUGAUGCUCGACCGGUAAAUAUCUAAAUCUUAAAUCUAUGCUUGGACUGUUUCCCAACUGAAACAGAAAUUAGUUUUUCAUCAGCAUUAAAGGUAUAUUAAAUAGUGUUUGUAUUCUUGAGGAAUGAUAAGAUGAAUCUUCUGUAAUUGGAGAACGCUUAAAAAUGUUGCUUUAGGCUGUUUUAAUUGGUCUUUUUGCGUUUAACUCCCUUGUUUGCAAUACAGACAGAAUAUUGUUGUUAUAUUGCAAGUUGAAAGAUAAUAUAUUACUGCCAAAUUUUCCAUUAAUUUGCUACUAGUGCACUUUGAUUGGGUGGAUUACAAAAGUAAACAGAUGCUUGCGUUUGGACAUGCAAUAUUAAAAUCAUACGUCAAUUAAAAACAGAAACCACAACAACAAUCGGCGAUGUACAGUUUUAUUGACAGUCUUAAAUUCCUUUAUGGUGGAUUAUUCAUCAUAUCAACUCAGUUUAUAGAACCAUUUUUUUUUUUUAAGUUUAACACUUACAGUGUACAUACAAAUUAAACAAAAGAUGUAUCAGUCUAUACCAUACACCGCCCAGAUUCCAGCUGGUACCAGUUUUCCUGACAGAAGGAACUUGCCUUACUCUUUGGUGGGACUUUUUAGUUGUUGUGAAAGAAAUUAUUCUGAAAGGAAAGGAAACAAUCCAGCUUCAAAUUGAUUGGUUUUGGAGGGUUUUUUAAGUGAAAGACUGCCAAGGAUGGAGAAUUUUAUUCAAGCCAUUGAUACCUUGGGGUGCAGAAUCUAGGUAUUGCUGGUUAGCAUAAUUAAUAUGAAAGUCUAAAACAUAAUUUCAUCUAUUGUAAUAACCAGCCAGUAUUCCACCAUGAAGUUAAGUUAUGACGCAUAUUUAUAUAGUGUAUGAAAAACCUAAAAAUUCCCCCAGUCUUGUCCAAGUUGAGUGGAUUAAAAGGAACUAGCGAAAGCAAAGUUAGAGGUUAUUUUACGUUUAAUAAACAAGCAGCAGUGUUUUAUCGGGUAUAAAAUCACUUGCCUUGAGCUUGUGAUUUUAUACCCGAUAACACAUGUGCUGCGAGUUUAUUAAACGACUUCAAAGACAGUCCUGGAAAAGCGUGUCUCGAUGGAGUUGAUAACAAUGACAGUUUUGUGAACAUUGGAAAUUAGCAUACGAAAAAAAACAUUACGUAUGAAAGUAUUAUGCAAGAAAAUCAAAUCUCACACAUGUUAAGAAAUUCUCCAUCCUACAAAUGACACUAACCUAAGAGGACAUGGCGUCUUCUUCCAGAGCUUUUCAAAGGUCUAAAAAUGUAGAGGAAGGGAGGAAGUUAAUCGAAAAUUAUACCCAAAGUCAAUAAGUGCAGUGAAAAAGUAGUCUUUGAAAAUAUUGUUCUGGAAUGGCCAAAUGGUAGGUAAACAAAAAUCCAGUACUCGAAGUCUUGAGUGCAAUGCUUGGACACUGAGCUUGUUCCGCUACCUCAACGGAUAUUAAUUUUGGUCUUGGCCGAGAUAGGGCAGCAUAACCAGCAAAUUUGUAAUUACUUUUUAUAAGGUAAAAAAGGAAAGAACUUACAUAGGCUGGACUGAUGUGAAAAAACCAGCGAGUAAAUAAGACAAUGACUAUUAUAAAGGAAAUCCGAGCAUAACAAAUUGACCAAUAAUAAGGAUUUCUGACAGAUACUAUCUCUAAAAUGACUAACCUACGUCUCAAGCGGAAAUAAUCACGAAACAGAAAAAUGAUUGUUUAUAUAACGCUCAGUGGCAUGACGGCACAGAGCUAUAGCCAAUAUUACCGCUGAGUCACUGAGCUUUUGGCUUGUUAAAUUGGUGAAAGAACAAAGUUUAAUUUUGUGCAAUAGUAAAUUUACUGCGUGUGUUAUUUUCAUGAAAGAACAUCAGGGAAUCCUAACAUGAGCCCAGCAAAAGGGGAAAAAAGAAGGAAAGCAGUUAAAUAAAAGGAGAUAGAAAGUGAAAGAUGAAAGUUAAAGGGACAGUUUUUUUUUUUUUUUUGUCAAAAAAUAAUGUCUCUCUGGAAAUUUUAGAACAUGCUUGAACUUAAAUGUAGAAGGCUAUAAUAAAUUAUUUGUAAUUUAGGGCCUGACUUUUCAUGGCGAAAGAGUGACCAGAAAAUUGCUUGACUGUGUUUCAGUGGUAUCUCAGCAAAACCUCCAAGUGUUUAUGGGUUGUUUAAAAACCAAGUUCCCAUGUGUUUUACUGCUAAUGACUCUUAUUUGAUUGUAGAAAGCCAACCCUGAUGUUGUCAAUGCUGCAAAGGGAGCAGAUAUUCUGGUGUUUGUUGUGCCACAUCAGGUCAUUAUUUUAUUAUAAAUGUUUUUGCUUACCUAUGUUUGAUUAUAUUUUAUUCAUGUAUAAUAUUUGCAUAAAUUAUUAGAUUUUUAUGUAUGUAACCCACAGUUCACAAAAAUUCAACACAAAUGUCCUGAGCUUUUUUCUUUGCUUGUCACUUUGUUUUGGGAACAUUCAAGGCUAAAAGCUAAAGCUGAUGUUCUCUCUAAACCUGUGUAAAGAAGGCACGAUUCAUUGCUUUCAUUCAUUUCAUUUUUAAUAGAAAUAAGACACUGGCCUCUUGUGUACUCUGUUAUUAGAGUGAUAUGACAGACUCAAUUGUUUGCAUGGUUGUGAAAUGAACAUUUUUUUGCAUAAUUUCUUCUUUACCAACAGUUUGUGAAAAAUGUUUGCAGAAAGCUUAAAGAUAGCUUAAAGCCAAACGUGAUUGCUAUUUCACUAAUAAAGGUAAUGAAAUAUACAUAAGUGAAUAUGAAAUGCACAUAAGCAGGGAGUUCAUUAGGCGUAGGAGAUCGGUGAAUUCUCCGUUUGACACGUAGAGCUCUCUGGCUAAAGGUCAUUAGUAAAAUCCAACUAGUGGUCUAUUAUNGCUUAAAGAUAGCUUAAAGCCAAACGUGAUUGCUAUUUCACUAAUAAAGGUAAUGAAAUAUACAUAAGUGAAUAUGAAAUGCACAUAAGCAGGGAGUUCAUUAGGCGUAGGAGAUCGGUGAAUUCUCCGUUUGACACGUAGAGCUCUCUGGCUAAAGGUCAUUAGUAAAAUCCAACUAGUGGUCUAUUAUCAAUGCUGCAUUCUGAUUGGUUGAACUACUACUAGGCUAUAUGUUGUAGCCCACUAGUAGCGAAAAGCGCCAGCUUUGAAAACCAAAACAAUGGUGGCUGAAUUGCAUUUUGUUAGCUAAAGUUGUGUUGUCUCCAUAUUUUUGACCAACUAGUUGGAUUUUACUAAAACAAUUAUUCCUCUCGCCCUCAUGACCUGUGAGUCAAUAGCCUGUUCAGCCUGCAGCCUCAUGGGCUAUUGACUCGGUGCCCAUUUGGGCUAAAGGAAUAAUUGUUAAAUAUCCUACGACUAUUUUUUACUUGGAUGUGGACCCUGUUCAAAAAUAUUCUCCUGCAAUGUUACACCUUUCUCCUGCUACUAGAAUUUUUAAUGAAAAACCCUGCAUAAGUGAACUAAUAUACAUAGGUUGUGAAUAGUGACCUAGCAACUUCGCACUUAGUAAUGUAAAAAUGUUCCCUUCUCUUCCUACUGCUUUAUCAGUGCGACUUGUACCUGAUGGUGUCCUGCUUGUUUUGUGAGGGCUCCUGGCUGGGCUGCCAGUGUCUCCAGCCAUUGGAGAGGCUUCUUCUAAGAGCUUGAUUCCACUGAUUUGAGCUCUUGCAGUGUAGAGGUAUCAGGCACCCAACCGCCAUUAGUCAUACAGUUUACACUGUUGCUUCUCCAUGGAGGGUUUUUGGCCCUUUAGCCUUUGGGAAAGUCCUGUUUGGGUUUACUUCACACAUUCCUUUUAUGUUAAGACCACUUCUUCCUCGUCAAAACUUCCAGUAACCUUAUUGGAUUUUUUCUUAAACCAUACAAUUCAUAAGAAUAUAAAGAUAUCAGCUGUAAAUAAGAUCAAAAGUGUACAAUUUUUUUGCCUCUUUAGCACAUCUUUUGCCUACCCAUAAAUCUUUAUCCUUUUUUAACAGUUUGGUAUCGCAUGUAAAUUCAUGAGAAUCGAUGCAAUUAAGGACGAGACUCACAUUAUGACUUGGAAAGAGUGCAGAAGAAAUAGCAUAGACCGAGCUGCUUCCCUCAAACGUCAGGCCAGCGUCAGGGCAAGUGACCAGCAAUAUUUUUCUUACAAGGCCAUGGCAGUUUUUGCACCUGGCUCCAAACAAGGGGAAAGGGGAAAAGGGAUUUUUCAAAGAUAAAAAUUUAAUGCCCUAACUGAGAGGUAAAUUUUUAAGAUCUGUGCCUUUUCAAUCUCCUGCCUCCCCUGUCAGGGCCUUCUAUUGAAGUUAAAUCAUAUUUCCAGUAGAUGGUGCGGAUUUGGUUUUUUUUUUGACUCCUUUAAAUAUACAGUGUAAUAAUUCAAUAUCUGCUCAAGGAGAUAUGGGAGUAGUUACCUUUAAACUAGAAGGCACUUGCCCUGAAAUAGCAGGCAGAGUUUUUUUUCAUUAUUGUUAUCAUUGCAAACUGUUUUUACAACACAUUAAACUGCAACAUUUGGAGGAAUUAUGUAUGAUUUCGAUUCCUGCCCCAAGUGUGAUGUUGAGCAAGGGUCAUCUGGAAUGAGGGAAAAUUAUCUUUUUUUUGUUCUGCAGGGACUUGACCAUUCUGCUGUGGGAUUAAACCUUGUUUCCAAUAUUAUCAAAGAUGAGUUAGGCCUUCCUGAAGUGAGUGUUCUUAUGGGAGCAAAUCUUGCAAAAGAAGUAGCAAGAGAAAUGUUUGGUGAGGCUACAAUAGGUAAGGAAUUUGGUUUCAUUUCUUAAAUCAAUUCUCUCUUGUUGUCCAUGCAGGGGUGAAACCCUAACCCUGUUUAGUACAACACCCUCAAUUUUUUUACCCUGUUCAGGAUAAAGGACAAAAUGUAUGCUGUCUUGUUUUAAAGCCAUUUAUUGGCAAUUGCAGUUGACCAAAUUCAUGUUAUAAUCAUUGCUUUUGUACACUUGAAAUACAAACAAAAUUCAUCUAGCAAAUCAAAUCAAUUAUGCAGGCAAUACCCUGUUGACAGACUCACAUGAAAUUGCAUACCCUGUUUAGGACAGCGAGGUAAAAAACCAUACCCUGUCCAGUGGCACACUCCAGUAUAAGCCAAAUAAGUGAGAAGGUACCUCCCAACCCCCCCGGGGUUUGUCCAGUGCAGAUUUCAACAGUUUAAGUGCUUGGUACCUCAUGAUAAAAUAUGACAGAUGAACCCACGUACAACAAACCCACUUUACAGUAUGUCACAUUUAAAUCAGGUUGCAGAGUGGAAGAGCAUGGAGCUGUACUAAAGGAUCUGUUCCACACGGAGUACUUCAAAGUAAAUGUUGUAAAAGAUGCGGAUACUGUUGAGCUCUGUGGAUCUCUGAAGGUAAGUUGUGGUAGCAAGUCUUGUCGUGAGUAAUCACUAGUUAUUUUUGGGGUUCUCCCAAAAAUUUAAAGUUAAGGAGAAAACAGUUAUAUGGGCAGCAAUGCAUUACAUGGAAAAGUGCUUUUGUGUGGGGCUUCAGAGGGUGACCCAUGCCUCAACUAGAACGUCUCUUCUAGAACUUUACCAUUACUUUGAUGUAAUGCUCUGCAAUAGGUUUUUUUCUUCAAAUUUAUAGUGGAAAGUGCACUCAGCUUGUCCAGCUAGUUUACAAGCACUUCACUUAAAUAAGAAAAAAUAGAAACAAAUAAUCCAAAUAUAACAUAACAGGAUAAGAAACCCGAACUGGCAGGAAGCAACCAGUUGGCUAACAAGAGUGGCAGAGGAUUUGAACUCGGAACAACCAAGAACAAAUCCAGCAAGUGGCCAAAGAGGGACUCUGAACCAUGGGCUGCCGGAUCGCGAGUCCAGUGCAUUGACCUGACUCAACCAUGCUGCCUUCAUAGGCUACUUUAGACUUUAGCUGUGUCAUCACUAAUUAAAGAGCAUUGUUGUUCUUUAGAAUGCUGUGGCAGUCGGAGCAGGAGUUGUAGAUGCUUUGGGGUAAGAAAACUUUUUGCUUUUUUAGUGGGGUAUAUUGGCACAAGAACAAGUGCAAGGUUUUAAAUUGAAUAUCUUUAUCUUUAUAGACCAAAAGCAAUGAAAUAGCUAAUAAAGUUAGCCCAACUGUAUCAGUAGCCUAUAGAUUGUUUUCGCUCACGUUGUCAGUAGCUGUCAUGAUAAUUUCAUGGACAGAAAGAAAGUUUUUACAUAUGGAAAGAAUUCAAUUCCCACAUGAUAUUUUUGAUACGCCAACAUGAUCGCUUUUUUUUUCGUUUUGGAACACUAAUAUGGCCACUGUGACAUCAUGUGAAAGUGAUCUUUAGAUGGUUUGACUAAAGAAAUAAUAUUAUCCUUUUGAACUCUUAGUUAUGGUGAUAACUCGAAGGCUGCUGUCAUCCGUAUUGGGCUGAAAGAAAUGAUCCAGUUUGCUCAAAGAUUCUAUGAGAAUGUUGAAUUAGAAACAUUUUUUGAGUCAUGUGGAGUUGCUGAUCUGAUUACAACAUGUUAUGGUGGCAGAAAUAGGAUUGCUGGAGAGGAGUUUGUCAAAGGAAAGGUGAGAAGAAUUAAAUUCCAGCCCCAGUUGAUCAGGGGUAGACAGGGCUAACCCAGGGAACCUGACUAAUACAAAAUUUAGUUCUAUCUAGGCUAUUGCGCUUGCCUCAGUCAUCCAGUGAUCGCAUCAGAUUUGUUUCCAUAUUCAUGAAUGUUUUGAUUGUCUGAACACACAGUUUUAGACGUCUUAGCAAGGUGUUUUGGACGAUUAUGAUGUUAUGGAAGCUUAAGCUAUUUUUAUUUUUAGAUCAUAAAUUUUAUGCAUUUCUUAUCCCUCCUAAAAUUAUUAGACUGCUUGCAGUUAGCCUUUUCAGUGUCAGGGAGUAGAUGUGGAUUAAAAAAAAAAUGCUUUUAGCCAAAUAGCACUGGGACAAGUUGAAAAAAGACAUACUUUUCUUCCUCUUUGGGCUUAUGCCCUCAUUUCUUGCCGCGUACAGCUUCACUGCUUGCUGCUUGUGAAUGCUACCCUGGUAACUUGGCAAAAAAAGAGGCUGCUCACAGAAAAUGGUACCUGGUGAUAGAGCAAACCAGUUACUGUGCUGUUUUUAUUAUCUGAUUAUAGUAUAAGUUAGACUUCCAUUACAUGUUUCUCUGGUAGGGCCACAUCCAUUUUGACUACCGGUAUGUAGUAAACAACUUUUCCACUUCAGGAAAAUCUUGAAUAGCAUAAAAUAAUUAAUGCUUAGUAGACAUGGCAUGCAUAUAAGAUGAGCUAUCAUGGAAAAGUCUUGGUUCUUAAGAUAGGCCAUUACUGUAUUAUCCUUAGUUUUUGUUGUUUUCAAAUUUAAUAGAAGAUUUAUCAAACUGAACAGCAAAUCAGUGUCAUUAGUUAGUAACCAGUGCUGAGUUCAUCCUAACUUGUGUUUUGUUGUGAUUCUUAAGACAUUUGAGGAGGUAGAGCAGUAUAUGCUGGGUGGACAAAAGCUUCAGGGACCACACACUGUCUAUGAAGUUUAUCAUCUUCUCAAGGAAAAUGAUUUGUUGGAUGAGUAAGUAACAAUAGUGUCAACUCUGUCUUGUUCAUCAUUUUGAUGAUAUUGAAAUGAGACCUUCUAAGUGGGGGACGGGGGUGGGGAGUGGGUAGACAGGGCUGUCACUAAGGGUCAGGGAUUUCCUCCGGCUACUUUCAUAGGGGACAAAAAGAAACUGGAACCAAAAGAACUUCCUAGCUGGACAAUAGACCAAUUCCGAUAUAUUAAAAUUCAUACUUGGCUGCAAGGCUUUGGGGAAUAAAACAAAAGAAAUCAUCCUGAGGCUCAGCAAUGAAUAAUACAUUUUUUUGUUUUAUUCCCCCUAGCCUUGGAGCCAAGUAUGAAUUUGAUAUAUCGAAAAUGGUCCAUUCCCCUUCUACUAAUUGCAUGUACCUGGCAACUUGACAUUUUAGCAACAGCCGUCUGGUACAUGUCCCCAGUUAAAUUACAAAACAGGUCUCUUUGCAUAGUGAGGAGAUAGCUAUGUUGCUGUUGGUAUUCAGUACUAUUGUAAUUGUGAUUGUCCUUGGCGUCAUCGUAGUUUCAACCCAUUUUUAUGUGAUUUGUUGCCAUUUCAUCUGUCUUAUGUUGCUGUUUCAUGGUCGUCUCAGUUAUCGGAAUUUUACCGUAACAGGACCUCUGCAAUGCUUUGAGGAUUGGAAAAUGCUGUUGUCAUUUGAUUUUUUUUAAUGUUUAAAAUGAUUUGACCUUUCCUUUGCUUCACGGCUUUGUUUGUUUUUAGGUAUCCGCUUCUUACAGCCAUCUACAAUGUCUGUUUUGAGAAGCAUCCUCCAUCAGAGAUGAUAGAAGUACUCAAAAGACACUUGUAAUCAUGCCUUAUGAAAACAUAAUCAUAAUUAUUACAAUAGGUGAUUAAGCCAGUAUAUAUUUAUUUAUAUUUUGUGGGUUUUUUGUGUCAUAUUCCUUAGCAUCACAUGUUUUUUAGAAUUCCAAUGUUUUUAGCUCACCAGACCAGAGCACUUGAGGUAAAUAUCGCCACUUUGGUCCUUGGUUAUAUUAAAAACUGGACUGCCCCUGUAGCUUAAAUCAACCAAUUUCAAAAUACCAAUUUCAAUGCAAUCUCCAUUAGUAUUUUUACACUCCUUGAUCUGAUCGGUUCGCUAUCUGGGAUAUUUAACAAAAUGAUUCCACGAGCGCGCGUUGCAUAUGAGUUGGUAGUGUCGAGUUGGCUGUAAGCGUCUUGUAUUCAACAAGCACGAGUGGAAUAAUUGUCAAAUAUUCACUCCCAAGCGUGUGGAUAUUAGGUGAUACUGAAAUAGAGAAACAAAGUGCCUGGCAUGAGCUCGGUGUUUGCCUUAGUUUAGAGAAAAAACGUUUGAAAAUACAAGAAAAUCCUAGCGUUGAUGUUUGUAAAGGUAACAAAAGACUUCAAACUAUUCAAAACAGCUUUUUCUUUGUGAACUCAGGAUUUCAUCACAAGACGAAUUUUUGCCCAGAAAUAUUAAAAUCUGAAUUUUUGAAAAAGCAAAUGAAAGCAAAUGUUUGCGAAAACUGUACUUGUCAUCAAGUAAACAAGACGAAGACUAGAAUCGUUAAGUUACUGUUGCGUGCCUUUAUUCAAGAUUCUGGAGAUGGAAGAUUUAUGGUAUAGUCAGUCAGUCACAGAGUUAUGAUUCUGUAAUAUAUCUGAAGAGAAUUUCGAAAGCAUUGCGCACAUGAUAUUUUACUGAUAUGGUGAAAAUUAAUAUUUGUAUGUAUCCUUGAUUUGUCGUCCUUUUCUAUGGCUCUAAAGGUCGGGUUCUUUAAAUAUCAAGGAUGAAAUAAAUCGGCUCCGUUGUCCCGGUUUCGCCGCUAGAUUCUUUAGGAGAAAAACCUUUGACUGGCACCUUGAUUGUUGUAAAUAAAUGGCAUUUUUACUUAUCUACACAAUGUAACAAAGUUGUUUGUUUUUUUACUUUUAUGUUAUGAUCUCACUGUGAAAAUAAAGU